AUGGCGCUGGAAGAGGCGAUGGCGGCGGCGAAAGCGGCGGGAAUGGAUUUGGUUGAGGUGAACGGAAACGCGUCGCCGCCGGUGUGUCGAAUAUUGGAUUACGAACGAGUGCGGUACGACAUCAGGAAGCGGGCGAAAGAGCAGAAAAAGGCGGUCAGCGCGGCGCAAAAGCGGGACGUGAUAAAGGAGUUGCGAUUGACGGCGAAAAUCGACGUGCACGAUUUGAAUGUGAAGAUAAAUGGCGCAAAAAAGUUUCUCGACGCGGGAAAUCGAGUGACGUUUCGAAUCAUGUUUAAGAACUCGGACGGAAUAGCGCAGGACAAGCGCGCGACGCGCGGCGCAGAGAUCAUGGAUAACAUCAUAUCGAUGCUUGAGGACGUUGAGGUCGUUCUCAAACCGAAAAUGGUGGGUGCAAAUCACAUGACAUGUUCUCUUAAACGACCGACGAAGAAGUGA